CCGAACCCCACAAUACAACAAAGACAUAGUUUAUGAGCAUGAAAAAAUCUUCUAGUAUUUGGUUUGCGAUAUCGCUACUUAGAGUAUCUGCUUCGCACGGAGAUGGCCCAAGCGCACAAGACGUAAUCGACAGGCUUCAUCUCGAACCAAAUCCAGAAAAAGGUUAUUAUCGACAAACAUUCGAAGAUGCCGGUAACCUUAACAAUCGGUCCUACUCUACGGCUAUUUAUUACCUAUUGGAGGGUGAAGUUGGUCCUUCAUACUGGCAUCGCGUUGUUGACGCGGUCGAGAUCUGGCAUUAUUACGCAGGCGCACCGUUGCAACUGGAUCUGUCGUGGAAUAACGGGACAGCGACUGAACAUAAAUUCCUAGGAAACAAUAUUUUCGGGAAUCAGAGUCCACAAGUUAUCAUCGAGAAAGGGCGCUGGCAAAGAGCUACCAGUUUGGGCACUUGGACGCUUGUUGGGACGACCGUGGCCCCAGGAUUCUCAGAGGAGGGCUUUGAAUUACCGGGACCAGGAUUUGAACCAAACAAUGGCAGAUAGGGAUGGAUGAAGCUGUUUUUCUUGAUCAACGAUGAGUUGGGUUUGGUCAAACUACACCCCACAUCAACACCCAAGGCAGGCUGCUUGUAUCCCAACACGAUACAGCAGUGACGUUAGAUCACAACUAAAUCUCAGUGCGCAAAGUAUCAAUACAUAUGCCACA